GCGCUUUUUGUGUAUCAAGCAACAGCUCAGCACCAGGGAUUUGGAGAGCACCCGCUCCUCCAGCUGGUCUGGUAUUUGUACACGUGGUCACGUACUUGGGCGGGGUGAGAUGGGGGGAGGGGAAGCCGCAUGCGCGGGGCGGAGUUCCAACCUAAAGCUCAUUCCCCCCCCAACCAUGGCGUCAGGCUCUAAGCGUGGUGCGAGGUAACUCUAGGGGGCAGUAACCACCGGAAGUAACAGUGAGGGGCUGUUUGGAGUUUGGAUUUCCUCUUCCGGGUGUCUAGUGAGCUCUCUCCGGUGUCACUUUUUCUUGCUCACUAGCUGGGGUACUGGGACCUUGCUACGGAGGAGGCACGUACGUGUUGUUGCAGGUAACUUGGUUGAAACCAUGACCAGGUGGGCACGAACCAACACAACACAUAGUAAGAAGGCUUUGAAGGCAACAUCAUGGGAAGAUAUGAAGAAGGGCUCUACAGAGAGAGCAACCCAAAAUGAGCAAAACAAUAAACACUUUCGUUCCAGUGGUCUCUCCCUUAAGAAUGAUGUACCUCAAUCAAAAAACAAAAAGAAAGCAUCUUACACCAAUCAAGAUGUAAAUGGGUUCAUGGAAUAUCUAAGACAGAAUGGAAAGAUGACAGCAGCAGAUAGCCUGGAAAUAAGAGAAGAAAUAGCAACAGCUCUCAAAAAAGAUAGUCGCCGAGAAGGAAGGAGGUUGAAAAGACAAAAAAUAAAGAGAAACUCACAGGUUUGUUAUCAUUGCAGAAAGCCAGGCCAUGGUAUUGCAGAUUGCCCUGCUGUCCUUGAGAGUCAAGAUAUAGGCACUGGAAUUUGUUACCGAUGUGGGUCCACUGAACAUGAAAUAACCAAAUGCAAAGCCAAAGUAGACCCAGCUAUGGGAGAAUUUCCUUUUGCAAAAUGUUUCAUUUGUGGAGAGAUGGGACAUCUAUCUAGAUCUUGUCCUGAUAAUCCUAAAGGACUUUAUGCUGAAGGUGGUGGUUGCAGACUUUGUGGUUCUGUGGAACAUUUUAAGAAAGAUUGUCCUGAAAAUCAGAAUUCAGAUAACAUGGUCACAGUUGGUCGUUGGACAGAGGGGAUGAGUGCAGAUCAUGAAGAAAUUUUGGAAGCUCCCAUACCACAAAAACAAAAAAAAUUAGUAGCCAAAGUUGUCAACUUUUGAUAGCAGGAAGAUGAUAUCUAAUAGUGUUAACAGUUUGAAAAAAGUCUGAAUGUUGCCAAAAUUCCUUUUAUGGAGUUUUGAGUGCUAAAGAGGACUGCCAUUACCAUGAAAUAGUCAAAAACAAGCAUUUGAUGCUUAAAACGAAGUUUUGAGGGAAACCUACCUCUUAGCAAAACAGCACUUGCAAAGUACGAACGAUACCGAUUGAUAUAAAUCUUGUUUUCUUAAAAGUGAUUUUGAAUAGUUAAAAAGACCUUCUUCAUAUGGAGGUGAAUUGUUUAUAUUUUUGUAAAAGUUACAUCUCUUUUUGCAAUUUAUUUGAAUACAAUGAUAUUUUAAGAGUUCAAAUUUUUCUAGAACCUUAAAAUUUAUUCUGCUUUUGAAUGUUUAAUAAAAAUAACUACCUUUUGCCUGUCAUGGUA